GAAAAGAAGGAGCGUGUCGAAAUGGGGUCAGAGUCGGUGAAAGUUGUGGUCCGGUGCAGGCCCCUGAACGACAGAGAAAAGGCUCUGAGCUCCAAGAUGGUGCUGACCAUGGACCUGGACCGCUGUCAGUGCUUUAUUGAAAAACCCGGAGCGGUGGAUGAGCCAACGAAGCAGUUCACCUUUGAUGGAACCUACUAUAUUAAUCAAACAACUGAGCAGCUGUACAACGAGAUUGCCUAUCCUUUGGUUGAGGGUGUCACAGAGGGAUACAACGGCACCAUCUUUGCAUACGGACAAACUGGAAGUGGCAAAUCUUUCACCAUGCAGGGAAUGCUGGAGCCUGCAGUUCAGAGAGGCGUCAUCCCACGGGCGUUUGAGCACACCUUUGAGAGCAUUCAGUGUGCAGAAAACACAAAAUUCCUUGUGAGGGCUUCUUUCUUGGAGAUUUACAACGAAGAAAUACGAGACCUCUUGGGAAGCGACACCAAACAGAGAUUGGAGCUGAAGGAGCACCCAGAGUGUGGAUUGUAUGUACGAAACCUCUCCAUGCACUCUGUGCACAGCGUGUGGGAGUGUGAAAGGAUCAUGGAGCAAGGCUGGAAGAAUCGGGCAGUAGGCUACACACUGAUGAAUAAAGAUUCUUCCCGCUCCCACUCCAUCUUCACCAUCCACUUAGAGAUCUGCAACACGGAUCCAGCUGGCCAAGCCCAUCUGCGAGCAGGAAAACUAAAUCUCGUGGACCUUGCAGGAAGUGAGCGCCAGUCUAAAACCGGUGCCACUGGGGAGAGACUCUGUGAGGCCACUAAGAUCAAUCUCUCCCUCUCAGCUCUGGGAAAUGUCAUCUCUGCCCUGGUUGACGGUCGCUCCAAUUACAUUCCAUACAGAGACUCUAAACUGACCAGGCUGCUGCAGGACUCCCUGGGAGGAAACACCCGCACCUUGAUGAUUGCCUGCCUCUCACCUGCAGAUAAUAACUAUGAGGAAAGUCUCAGCACGUUGCGUUACGCAAACCGGGCCAAGAGUAUUCGGAACAGGCCUCAAAUCAACGAGGACCCCAAAGACGCUUUACUUCGAGAGUAUCAGGAAGAGAUCAAGAAGUUGCGGGCCCUCGUCUCUGGGCAGCUGGACACCUCUGGCCUUUCAUCUCUGCUGACUGGUCAGGCCUCAGCUGUUCCUUCAGUACCAAAUUCCAGCACCACUGAAACAAAGCAAGAAAAGAUUAAAGAGGAGUAUGAAGAGAGACUGGCAAAGCUGCAGGCUGAGUACAACGCAGAGCAGGAGUCCAAGGCAAAGCUGCAGGAGGAUAUUUCUGCUCUUAGGCGCUCAUAUGAAUCUACACUGUUGGACCUGGAGAAGACCCAAGCCAGCAGAGGGAGUUCUGUCCCCAAGAAUGAAAGCUCCAGCCGUUUAACUCAGGCUGUUGAGAAAGAGGACUACCCCAACACUGAUCCUAUGUUCCUCUGUGCAAUUGGAGCUACUUCCCCAACAAAGCCUGCUGCAGCCCCAAAACAUCCAGAUGGAGAGGGCCUCAUACAGUCAGCGGCUGGGGCCCUGGACCAGAAACAUGCUCUGGAAAGAUUGCAGCAGCUGGAACAGGAGGUCAUAGGAGGAGAACAGGCCAGGAACAAGGAGUUACAGCAGAGGCAAUGGCAGAGGAGAAACCUUGCUGAUCAAAGAAAAGCUCAGCUCAUCCACGCUCUGUCAGAAGACAUUGAGGAGAGUGAAAAUGUGCUGCUAGAUGUCUACAACUCGAUCCAGGAAGAGGUUCAUGUCAAAAGCCAGAUGUUGGGUAAAGUCCAGGGAAAGCUGAAAGCAGCCAGACUGGAGAUCCGUGAUCUGCAGGCAGAGUUUGAAGUGGAGAGGAAUGACUAUCUGGCAACUAUCCGCCGUCUUGAGAGGGAAGGCCAGCUGUUGAACAGUCUGCUUGAGCGCAUGGUGCAGCUGGUGCGCCGCGACUGCAACUACAGCAACUUGGACCGCUUGAAAAAAGAAGCUGUUUGGGUUGAGGACAGCACCAUCUGGAAGCUGCCAGAUGUGAUGGUGCAGAAAACAACACUGCCUUCAGCAGUACUGCCAGAAUCUUCAACUCACAAAGAUUCAGGUUUUGAUGCUGCAGUGCAGGUGAUGGUGGAAGAGGACAGGUACAAAGAGAUGCUGGAUCGAAGUGACAGUGAGAACAUUGCUAGCAGCUACUUCAAGUCAAAAAAAGCCACCCUGCUGUUGGGAGUUGAUGCUACCAAGGCACACACCCACCUCAGUGUGAGCAGGUCCAACAUGAGCCCCCCUGUCAGAUCAGAUCCCGUUCUCCCUCGGCCUUUUCGUCUGGAGUCGCUGGACGUCCCCAACGGAAAGGUAAAGCGCAAAAAAAGCAAGUCUCAUAUUCCAACAUGA